CUCCCGCUGCUCGACGGCGCUUUCUCCCCGGGAUUGCCCACCUUCCUCUUCUGGGAUUACAACCAUGAGUACCAGCAGCAGCAGCCGGAGUUCCUACCGCCGCAUGUUCGGCGGGGCCGGCGGGCGACCCAGCUCUUCAAGCAGCAGCCGCUACGUGACGUCGUCGAGCCGCUACUCGCUGGGCAGCGCCCGGCCCAGCAGCGUCCGCCUGGUGUCGUCGGCGCCCGGCGGCGGCGGGCUCUACGCCUCCAAGGCCGUGCGCCUGCGGAGCAGCCUGCCGCCCAUGCGGAUGCUGGGCGUCGAUGGCGGCGUGGACUUCUCUCUGGCCGACGCCAUCAACACGGAGUUCAAGGCCAACCGCACCAACGAGAAAGCCGAACUGCAGGAGCUCAACGACCGCUUCGCCAACUACAUCGACAAGGUGCGCUUCCUCGAGCAGCAGAACAAGAUCCUGCUGGCCGAGCUCGAGCAGCUCAAGGGCAAAGGCACGUCCCGCCUGGGCGACCUCUACGAGGAGGAGAUGCGCGAGCUGCGCCGGCAGGUGGACCAGCUCACCAAUGACAAGGCCCGCGUGGAGGUGGACCGCGACAACCUGGCCGAAGACAUCAUGCGCCUGCGGGAAAAACUUCAAGAUGAGAUGCUUCAGAGGGAAGAAGCUGAGAACAACCUGCAAUCUUUCAGACAGGAUGUUGACAAUGCCUCCUUGAGCCGUCUGGAUCUUGAACGCAAAGUUGAAUCUCUGCAAGAAGAGAUUAUCUUCUUGAAGAAGCUCCAUGAUGAGGAAAUCCGUGAGCUUCAGGCCCAGAUCCAGGAACAACAUAUCCAGAUCGAUGUGGAUGUUGCCAAACCUGAUCUCACUGCUGCCCUGCGCGAUGUGCGUCAACAGUACGAAAGUGUUGCUGCUAAGAACCUCCAGGAAGCUGAAGAGUGGUACAAAUCCAAAUUUGCAGAUCUGUCUGAAGCAGCCUCCCGGAACAAUGAUGCCCUGCGCCAGGCCAAACAAGAAGCGAAUGAGUACCGCAGGCAAAUUCAGAGUCUCACCUGUGAAGUGGAUGCACUUAAAGGAACUAACGAAUCCCUGGAACGCCAGAUGCGUGAGAUGGAGGAGAACUUUAAUCUUGAAGCUGCUAACUACCAAGACAACAUUGCCCGACUCCAGGAUGAGAUCCAAAACAUGAAGGAAGAAAUGGCUCGCCAUCUGCGCGAGUACCAAGACCUGCUGAAUGUAAAGAUGGCUCUUGAUAUUGAGAUUGCCACUUACAGGAAACUGCUGGAGGGAGAAGAGAGCAGAAUCACAAUGCCCAUUCCGACUUUCGCUUCCCUGAACCUGAGAGAAACAAACCUUGAGUCUAUCCCAAUAGACACCCACUCCAAGAGAACACUUCUUAUCAAGACUGUUGAAACUAGAGAUGGACAAGUUAUCAAUGAAACUUCUCACCAUGAUGAACUGGAGUGAAGAAAAUAGCACAUCUUCCUUGUGCCGAAAUGAACCCUUACCAGCAAAACUAAAAAAAGAGAAACAGCUUUUCAAGUGCCUUUCUGCAGUUUUUUCCAAGAGCGCAAGGUGGUUAUGCUAGAAGAUAUAGGUCUUAGAUCAUGCAAAACUGACUCUCUUGAUGGGUUAGAAGAGCUUAAAAAAAAGGGAGUCUAGUUCAGAUAGCACUAUCUUGUGCUGCAAUACUGUUGUUUUUUUUAAGUUUCUGAAUUGAAUAAAACUGCUUUUUCAGCACAGUAUGAUGAGCAACCUCUCACUGCUUCAAUAAACAUUUGGGAAAUUG